AUGUUUGUCCUUCAGCUACUUCUCUCCUUAACAGUGGCUUUUGCCCAGGUGAUAAAGCCAACGCUUCCCUCAAAAGAUAGUUUUUACGAAGCCCCAUCAAACGUCUCUGACUAUGAAGUUGGUGAUAUCAUCAACUACAGACAAGCACCCUACAAGCUUCGCUCCUUGUACACCGAGAUGGAUGUCAAGGAAGCAUGGCAGCUAUUGGUUCGUUCUGAAGAUGCUCGUGGUGACCCAAUUGCCAUGGUGACUACCGUUUUGGUGCCAUAUGACCCAGACCCAUCAAGAGUCGUUUCUUACCAAUAUGCUCAGGACUCUGCAACUAUGGACUGUGCUCCAUCAUACGCUAUUGCAAGAGGAGCCACAAUGGGGACAGUGAUUCAACAACUGGAGACCCUUCUUGUUCUGGGUAUUCUAGCCAAAGGGUGGUAUGCGCUUCUUCCAGAUUACGAAGGUCCAGAUGGGGCAUUUACAUCUGGGUAUCAAGCAGGUCGAGCUGGACUUGACUCUUUAAAGGCUGCCUUGAAUUCGAAAGAGAUAACUGGUCUUUCUUCAGAUGCAAAAGCGGCACUUUGGGGCUUUUCUGGUGGUUCUUAUGCUUCAACAUGGAUGGCCUCGCUUCAACCUGAUUAUGCUCCAGAGCUUUCUGACAAUCUAGUUGGUGCUGCUUUGGGAGGAUGGGUGACCAACUGGACGGAUGUUCUUUAUGCUUCAGAGGGCAGAUGGUUUGCUGGGCUUAUUCCAAAUAUCCUCAAUGGCAUGAUCAAGGCUGAUCCUGAUCUCAAGGAAAUAUUUGAUGCUGAGGUGAAGGAGGAGUAUCAAAAACGGUUGUACGGCGGUGUCGACGACUGUGUUUUCACCGCUGGCGUAAAAAACCUCUUCAAAAGUUUCUUCGGGGGAAAGAACUCCUGGUUCAAAAAUGGCUACGACUUCUUCGACAUCCCAGAAAUCCAGGCCUAUGUUGAGAAGAACGACAUUGGUGUUCUUGAAGAAACCCCUCGCCCGGAUAUUCCACUCUUCGUGUAUCACGGUGUUCCAGAUGAAAUUGUGCCUCACGCCGCCAGCUACAAUGCUUUCCAGCAGUUCUGUGAAUGGGGUAUCAAGAGUUUCGAGUAUGCUGAAUCAAAGACUACUGGCCAUAUACUCGAAGCAAUUGAGGGUGCUGGUGCCGCCUUGGCAUGGAUUGAAAACAGAUUCAAUGGAGAAGCUCCAGUGGAUGGAUGUAAUCACACUGUUCGUACAACCAACGUGCUUUAUCCUGGUGCCGAUGUCCAGUUCCAUCAGCUUUUGAGAACCAUUCCUGUUGCACUUACAGGUCAGGAGAUUGGAGAAUCCACUAGGAAUAUCACUGAUUCGACGUUGUUUACAAGAAUUGUUCAGAAAACGGUUGGUGGCCUUCUUGGAUUUGUGGGGCCUAUUCCCUGGAAGAGGGAUUUGACGGGAGUUCCUGACGAAAUGGCUGAAAUGUUGCAGAGCUGA